AUGAAGUCUAUCAUCAGCAUCACGGCCUUACUCGCCACUGUGGCACUUGCUCACAAUGACAUGCCACCGAGGAGCAUGUCCACAACAGAAUUCCGCCAGGCUUUCAUGGAAGCCGGUAUUGUUCCCGAUGUAAUGGGGUCGUUCGAUCCGAUGGUGUCUUUCUACGCCGGUUACAAAGCUAGUGAUGGCGAUAAGGCAUUGUUGAUGCCCGGAACGAAACUCAAGAUGAAGGAAACUAAGUUUCCAUUCGAGUUCAGCGUCGAGAAUAUCAUGAAAGCUAGAAACGUAACUCGGAAUUCCAGAUUCGUUCUUUACAUGGUACGUGUGUCCCGCCGUGGGCUGGGCAGCUUGAACAGGACUAAUACCGUGGACCAGAUUGGGCCCGACUCUCCAACACGCGAAAGCCCUACAGAGCGAAACAUGAGGCACUACCUCGCUGGCAACUUCACGCUUGAGCAGACUAAAUCUGAAGUCCUUUCGUCAGCGAUGAUCAUGAAGAACUCAACCCCCGCAUUUAAUGAUUAUAUGGCACCGGAGCCCAAAGCUGGCAGUGGCAUGCAUCGAUACGUGUACCUGCUCUACGUUCAACCAGAGAAAUUGAACAAGAUGGGCUUCGACGCCAUGGGUGUCGAUAAGAUGAAUCGGAAGAACUUCAAUAUCUCUCAGUUCCGCAAGCAAGCUGGUCUCGGACGCCCCAUUGGUGGAACCUACUUCAUGCUGAACAUGGCUCAGGAUAAUGGAGGCAGUGGCGGCCAUGGCGGCGGGAACAACGGGGGAAACAAUGGUGGAAACAACGGCGGUAACAACAAUAAUAAUGGAAACGGACGAAGCGCUGCCUCUGUCGUGACUGCGGGUUCUGUGGUAAUGUUCAUUACGCUGCUGGCGUCAAUGUUUGCUUGGAUGUAA